CAUGGGAAAGAAAUUAAUUGUGUAUAGAGAGAGAAAGUGGUGUAGGGGCAGAUUGGGUGUGAUCCAACCUCACCCUAUUUGAGCCAAUCACAAACUCCUAUUAUAUUACUUUUGAUGAGCCCUUCAUUGUCCCUCCCCACAUAUUCCUUAUCUCCUUACUCCUACUAAGCACUUCAGCAACAUUACACACAACACUGUCCCAAUAUCAAAGCCUUGAAACUCUCUUCACAUCACAUUCAUUCAUUCAUCUUCUACUAAAUUUUCCUUCUACACUUUCAAUUCUCCUUUUUUUGUGUCCUAAACUGAUUAUAGAAUAUUGUACUUCUCUCUAAACUAAAUGGCAACUAAUUCUCUUCAUUCAAUUCAACAUCAUUCUCUCAUCAAACGCCACUACUAUCCUUCUGAAACUGCUCCUCCAUCCACACUUUCAUCCUCACUUUUCCUCAAACCAACCACCACCAACAUAACCCUCUCUCACUCUUCCACUUCCAAUUCCUCUAUCACAUUCUCUCUCUCCCAAACAACAUCCUCCACUCCAUCAUCAACCUCUCAAAACAGUUCCUUUGAACUCCUUCAGAAGCAUCUCUCAGACAAAAACUUCCGACAAGCCGAUGAAGAGACAAGGCGUCUUCUCAUCGUCUUAGCAGGUGAAGCCGCUCAGAAGCGCGGCUAUGUUUUUUUCUCAGAGGUCCAGUUCAUCUCAGAAACAGACCUCCAAACAAUUGACCAGCUAUGGAGGGACCAUAGUAACAACAAGUUUGGAUACAGUGUCCAAAAGAAACUAUUUGGUAAGGCUAAAAAAGACUUUACCAAGUUCUUCAUCAAGGUUGGCUGGAUGAAGAAGCUUGACACUGAAAUGGAGCAAUAUAACUAUAGGUCUUUUCCUACAGAAUUUAUAUGGGAGCUCAAUGAUGACACCCCAGAGGGUCAUUUACCUUUGACAAAUGCACUCAGAGGAACACAGUUGCUUAGUAAUAUUUUCAACCAUCCAGCUUUUGAUUCAGUCCCAGAAGAAGUUGAAGUUUCAUAUGCUGAGGGAAAUGGAGCACUCAAAGGGUUAAAAGAUUCAUCAAAGCCAUUAGCUCAGAAGAUCUUCAAAUCAGACUAUAGUUUUUGAUGAGUUCAAAGAAGUUUACAAUAAGCCUGCUGAAAGCAUAGAGAAUGUAACUUAAAUUGUGUUUUAAAUUUAAAGUAUAUACAUAGUCAUUAUUAAUUCAUCAUCAAUAGAUGAGGGUAGUUGCUUGAAUUGUAUCUUUUUUACUUAAUAAGGAAAAGGAUAACUGUGUUUUAGAAA